AUGCGCCUCCUCUGCUACGUCUUCCUGGCGCUGGUUAUCCUCUUCGCCGCGGACAGCCACGCCUCCUCCGCGACUACCGUCUCGGACAAGUCGACGCUUAUUCAAGACGCUGCACCAGUCCACUCGGAGCUUUCCGUGGCUGUAUACGAUAGCUCAAAGAGAAACCUCCGGAGCGAUGGCGUCGCGAGCGAGAGGGACGCGAAGAAUGAGGAGAGGGGCUUCACGCCUACAGGCGUGAAGGAAGCUGCGCAGAUGGUCAAGACGAAGAACUCGCACGCGACACACACGCUCUACGUGCUCAACGGAAACUCGCCCGGGUGGUUCGGCAAGUUCAAGAAGCUGUACAGGAAAGCCAAGUUCAACCUGGAGUAUUACUUCCGGACGAAUUACUGGAACAUCCGCUUCACGCUUUGGCUCAAGAUGAAGAGAACCCCGGCAAAGAUGUACGACCUGCUGAAGGUCCGCGAAACGACCGGCAUGUACGACAAGAACUACCGCGUCUACGUCAACUACGUGGCAUUCUACGAGAGGUUCAAAGGCCCAGCGUACAACCCCAUCCACAUCUUUGCCCCGUAG